AUGUCUGACAGGGAGUUUGCAAUCGUUGUGUUCGGGGCAAGUGGCUUCACUGGCCAAUAUGUGGUACGUGAGGUGGCAAAGAACUGCAAAGGGAAGUUUAAAUGGGCUGUUGCUGGUCGCAGCAAGGACAAACUCGAGAAAGUUUUGGAGGAAACUGCUAGCGAACUUGGUAAGACUGUCUUUUUAUAACUGUGGACUUCGAGCUCAGUACUUCAAGGUGUUGGCUCUUCUAAGCCUUGGAGUAGUUUUUCUUGAUUUUGUAUUUAACGUACUUGAUUUAGAAGAGCUGAGUAAAUUUAUGGAGGCGAUGCAAUGUUUUUUUAAAAAUGGUAUUCUUCUUAAUAAAGUAAAUCAAUAAUUUUUCACACUUUACCAUGUGUACUGUGUUAAUAGCAUGAUCAUAUCUAUUUAUAAACCACAAAAUGCACGUGACUUUUAAGAAUUUUUAUCCUGUAUCAUGUUUUGAGUGCAAUAUGAAGUGUGUAUAUAAAUCCACCUUUAUGGUCCCGCCCUUACCAAAGACUAAUAGGUUAGUACUAAUAGGGUGCAAGUGGGACCAGCAGGGAGUGAGAGGGAAGGGCCACUCCCACUGAAGAAAAUUGUUACUGGACAAUUUGUGAGAGAUAACUUGCAGUCCUGGGUUAAUAGCAUAAUACUUACAGUCCCCUGUUAUUCCAUAUGUUCAUCAAGAUUGGUCAUACAUGGUUUCAAAUGUACAUGUAGGAUCAUAAGGAGCAUUAAGGUGGCUCGACUGGAUUUUUUGGGGUUGAUACCUCCCAAGUUUGAGCAUUAACUACGUCGGCAUGAGUAAAGAUAUGGAAAAAAGGUUACCACAACUGUAUUAUAUAAAGAUGAAAAUUUCUUAUGAUCUGUUUUUUAUUGCGAUCGGGGUCACCAUGGCAACGUAAUGACACCAUUACGUUUUUCAUUUAUCUUUGUGUUUCUCUGUACCAGGAGUUUUUUGAAGAAAUCGCUUAAGGGAGUAUGUACCUGUCAUAAUUGCCUCCAUUAUUGCAAAGUUUGAAGAAAUUCUAUGAGAGCGUUUUCGAAAUAUUUUGAAAUGCAUUUUUAAGAACCAUCAAAGCAGUGAAAUAGCAUGCUAGCCGCAAAAUUCGCUAAUAUUUUAAGAAAAUGAUAAGCUUUGGAAUCGCAGCUUUAUCUCAUAGUGGUUUGAUUCCAUUGAAAACUGCAUACAAAAAAAGAGGGGAAUUGCUCUGGGCGAUCGCGAGUAAGAAGAAUUUUAUUAACUUGCAUUCAGCUGUUUUUGAUACAGUUUUUGGAGGUAAUUUGGUCCAUGCCUAAAAAUUUCGCAUUUUUUCAAAAANAAAAAUAUAUUUUUAGUAGGAUUGAUGGUGGAAAUACUGUCAGAUGUUGUAAUAAAAAUAAUAUUUCUCUCCCCCUUUUUUUUAUUUUUUUUAUUUAAAUAGUUGUUUUUGGUGUUUAAAAAAUAGGUGUGGAAGAAAAAAAAGGAAAAAAAAAGGGGGGGGGGGGGGGGGGGGGGGGGGGUGGAAGCAAUUGGAAGGAGGUAAGAAAGUAGGGAUGCCUAUUUUUCUCACUUCAUUCUCCCUAUGCUUGCACAAACCGUGGCAUUCUCCUCCUCAGUCAGCUGUCCAUCACAGCAAGAACUCAAUCUCAAUGAUCUUACACGAAUGAAGGGAUUGCAGGGCCAAAAAAAAAAAAAAGAAAACUUGAAUUCCAGCUUGUCUAGGCAGCUGUUACAUUUUGCUGAUUGAUAUUUUACAUCUUGCUCAGCUUAGUUGAUGAUUUUAGUUUAGACCCCUUCCCAUUUAGUAAGCUUUAAAGGUUACUUGUCCAGCAAGAAAGUCUACUUGUCCUGAACUACUGAACAUGACUUUUUUCAAGUCGUGGACUGUGAACAGUCUAAAUACGUUUGGAUGACAGCACUUUGCAAAACCAAGCUAGUCAUUGUGAACAAUUUUAUUUUAGGGACGUUAUUUGUAAAGUUUAAAACCUGAAGAAAUUAAAAAAUUAUGAAAGAAAUGGUUCAUAUACUCAUUUAAAUUUCACGCUACUGACCAAAACAUACUCUUCUUCUUCAUAAUUUCCAGGCUAUGAUACAAAGGAUGUUCGUGUUAUAAUUGCCGAUGUCAGUGACGAAACAACGCUCAAUGCAAUGUGUUCCUCAGCCAAUAUUAUUUUGAAUUGUGUUGGACCAGUGCGUAUUUUCUUAUUUAAUACAUGUACAAUGUAGUUUGCACCUUAAUAAUUUAUUAUUAAUAAUAUUGUUACCCAUAUUUUUUUUUGUUAUGAAUGUAUGAAAAUUAUACAUGAGAACUGCGGGGUGAAGAAUUAUAUAUAAAGAAGAUCAUACGGUUUAAAGAAAAUGCGUCUAUAACUGUGAUGAUCUUCUUCCAUAAAAUUCUUCACUGCGCAGUUCUCAUGUAUGAUUUCAUAUAUAUAUAUUCAUAACUUCAUCAUCAUCCUUUCACGGGUUUAAUACGAAGUGUAGUUGGCUUGUUAGCUCAAUUGGUAAGAGCACUGCACCAGUAUGGCAGAGGUCAAGGGUUGGAAUCCCAUACAAGCCUGAAUUUUUAAAGGCUUUCUUUUCGCAACUGCAAAAGUUACAUCAUUCUUUGAGUUAUUUACAUUGUAAAUUUGUUUGUUUCUUGGUUUUUUAUUUAUUUUUUUAUUUAAUAUUAAGUUAUAUGUAUCAUGAUGGGACAAACCUUACCCCAAGGGGGUACUUAACAAAGUUUUAUACAAGGACUCUGUGCCGGAAGGUUUAAUUACCCCUUAACCUUUUGUAUUAAUCAUUUUUCACAGAAAAGGUGCUCUUUUCAUAUACCUUUUGUCAACUAAGCAUACACCACCAUGGUGGUUGGAACUGUUUUUAAUAGUGAACAUCUUUGAUAUAGGUACAGAAUGUGUGCGAAGUUACACCGGAUACCACAUCCCUCCCCAACGUUACGAAGUUACUCAAGCAUAGUCGGAAAUAACAACAACAAUAUAAGGUUUCUAAUCUGUGCUUUAAGGCAAAAUCUUUUGUUAGGUUAGCACUUAGUCUUUUAAGUAGGAGGGUCUCCUUCUGGUUCUCUGAGGUCUGCAUGAUUCUGGGUCUGUUUCGGUCUGUCUUUCACUUGAUUGUAUCUGGUCACUUCCUGUCUCUGUUUGCUCUUGGUUCUGCUCCUCUGACUGUUCUUUCCUCUUGUUCUCCUCUCCCAUUGCUGGGAUUGAUGGUUUCUCAACAUAUGUUGUAAGUGAAGUAAACUUCUUCAGGUCUGGGUCAGCUGUUGUGUUUGAUUCUCCUGCUUUAGUGAUCCCUCGGUCAUCUGUGGAGUUGAUGACUGUGUUUACAAGUUUGAAGAUAUCUCUGCAGAUUGUUCUCUCUUCAGUAGCUCAUCUAGCUGUGAUUCUGGAUCCAUUUAUCUUGUCUACGGUGUAGAAUUCCGGUUUGCAUGGCAUGCUCCAUUUGUUUCUUUUCUCUUGCUUGACCAACAUGUAGUCAACUAGCAGAAGUCUUCCUUGUCCCGUGUUUCUCGAGAUGUCUUCUUUGCUUUCUGGAGGGCUACAUUCCUUGAUUGCUUUCACCUUGUCUGGUGAUGGUGUCAGGCAGUCGUUGUUGUUUCUGCCUUCUCUGUCCUCUUUCAUUUCCUGUUUGUACACUGCAUCUCUCUCAUCUAUGAUGUAAUCCUUGUCAGAUCUCUGCACCCUUGGCUGAAUGCGAUCUAACUUAGUCCUUACGGUUGCUCCUCUCAUGCUUCAUAAGGGGUGAUCCCCGUGGCUGGAUUUGGGGUUGACGGUGUUCUCCCUAAAUUUUAGCUUAGCAGGUAAGGGACCAUUCUUGACCGAUAAGGCCAAAAAUAUGUGUCAGAGGCGCACUCUCCUGCCAGGGGAGGGGCUUUGUGUUCAUGAAGGCUUUUAUUUUCGAGCAUCCUGUCAACCAGUUGACUGAAAAGUAUUUUAAACACCUCAAAACAAAGAAUUUUACGAAUGAAGGCUGCCUUUGCCGCUAGGGUCAAUUUAGUAACACAAGUCGCGGAAGCCGCAAACUUUUCGUGCUGGUGGAAAAAGCUUGGAAUUGGGACAGUAGCCCACAAAAAAAUUGCUAGCCUGCAGUGCUUUGAAAGGUGCCAGUCAGCACCUAAUAAAGUAAUUAGGGAGAAUAGCUCUGCAUACUUUUUGUUUUUCUGUAUUUACUUCCUUUUUUCGCGGGGAUCGGCUUGGAUCACAACUUGCAUAUUUUUUGAGACAAUUUAUUUAAUUUGAGUAACACUUCAAAAGGUUCAGGCAGUAAGAAGUGUUACUUCAAGCAGUAAAUUUUACCGGUUACCGUCUGAUAAGGAGAACACUGGGUUGAUCUGUAUGCAGUCAGCAUGUCCUGUAUGGCAUUCUUUCUCUCUAGGCGGUCUUUUCCUUGCAGGUGUGCAAUCUGUUCUGUCUUGUGAAUACUACAGCAUGUUUUGUUUUCACAGUCUAUCUGAUGAUCUUUUCAGUGCUGUCAUCUCCUAUUUCAGGUAGUGGGUACCUGGAUAGGUAGUCUAGGGGGUCUGCUUCAUCUUUUCCAGGCUGGUACACUAGCUCAUAGUCAACGUCCUGCGUUUCCAUAGCCCAUUAAUUAUAUUUUUUCGAUUCUGGGUGGCAUUGCGGCUUUUGUUUUAGUGAAUAAGGGUAACAGUGGUUUGUGUGCUGUGAUAAUACAGAAUCUGGGGGCUCCAAGCAGGUAAACUCACAGUCAUUCUUUUGCACACUUAAUGGCUAGUACAUCUUUUUUGGUCUGGCUAUAUCUUUUUCCCAUUUCUGUCAUGGUGUGACUGAUGAAUUGCACUGGCUGUAUACCCUUGUCAGUCUUUUGCAGUAGGACUGCUGAUAAGCCUGGGUUGUAGCUUGCUUCUGUACGCAGAAUUAUGGGUCUGGAUGGGUCAAAGAAUGCCAUUGUUUUUGUCGCUUGAGAUGCUGUCUUGUAUCUUCCUGAAUGCUUUUUCUUCUUCUUUCUCCCAUUUGAAUUUUGCAUCUUUCCGGGUUAGCUGAUAAAGUGGUGCUGCUAUGGCCACAUAGUUGCUUAUGUAGUUCUCCAAGUAGCCUGCCAUUUGGAGAAAACUCCAGAUGGCUUCUUUGCUUUCUGGAGGGCCACAUUCCUUGAUUGUUUUCACUUUGUCUGGUGACGGUUUCAGUCAGUCCUUAAUGAAGGCAUGUUCAUAGAACUCAUUCUGCUCAUUCUCGAACUGGCAUUUCUCUUUGUUACUCCAGAUCUCUUUCUCACUGGAGGAAUCAGAACACAUAAAGGUACUGAACACCGUCACCUCUUCCUCCAAGGAGUAUAAAUUAUCAUCUUUUUAGUUCAGGCAGUGGGGUAUGUCACCAAAGGCUCUGAACAUUGCUUCAUUGAAAACAUCUUGUGAAGAUGUAGCUCGAAAUACUAGUGUUUUUGGUCUGUAAUUUCUUCAGGGUGUGCUGAAUGUUGCUACCUGUCUUGUGGCAUGGUUUAGUGUCAGUUGGUGAUAGAUUUGUCUCAAGUCCAAUUUCCUGAAGAUCUUGCAGUCAUGCAAGGAUUAGAUAAAAUCUUUAAAUCUUGGUGAGUGGACAAAUCUACUUCGUUUCAUGGCUUCAUUGGGUACUCGCAUGUCAGUGCUUGCUCUGAUCAUCUGAGAAUCUAAUUCUUCAGUCUUAAUAUCAUCAUACUUGGGUUUAAGCAGCACAACUUGGGGUGAGUACCAUGCUAUGGUUUCUCCAUCUGGGACUUUCUCAAUUGUGUUUUCUUUUACUCCCUGCUCAAGCCAUUCUUUGAGAGGUUUUUGCAGAUGACAUGUGACUGGGUGUGGUUUCUGGGCUACUGGAAUGGCUUUUGGAUCCAUCUCUAGCUUGACUUCUAUCUCUUUGCCUGUUCUAUUGUCUUGUAAGCAUCCAAUCCCUUGAGAUGUAUCAUAAUGUUUGUAAUCACUGAGUAACGCUUCAAUGUCAUCUGGUGGCUUCACUGACUUGAUUCCAUUAAAGCUCAUUGGUUUCUUUAAGUGUUUCGUCGGGAUCAAUCUUGAUCAUUCCCAGUGCAAUAAGUGUAUUCCUGCUUAAGAGUGGAGGAGGGUCCAUUUUUCUCUCGAUCACUCAUAACUUGCUUUGUGCUCCUUGAUUACUGUUUCGAAUAGUUGUAUGAAAUUCACCUUUUAACUACCAGAUCAGAUUGGAGAGUCUUCAAUGUGUCUUUGCUUGGAUCUAGUUCUCUGAUUUCCUUUGAUCUGUAUUUUAGGGCCCUGUGUUGGUACUCGUCCGUCAUGUUUACACUUGCCCCGCUGUUGGAUUCUACGUGCGCGUCAACAUCUCCUAUUCUGAUAAGAACAGUGUCCUGAGUUCUCCUCGAUCUCAGUUUCUUUGCUAGAUGUCAGACGUGUCCUGAUUGCCUUUACCACACUUCAGGCGUUGCUGUCCAUAAGCUGGGCACUUGCGUCCAGGGGCUGGAAUCCUGUUUUUUCCACGGUAUUGGCAGCUACUUUUGGAGCUUCUUUCUCUUUCUUGUGUUCUUGCUUGCGGUUUUCUUGCGGUGGGGUUUUUUUGUUUGGCAGGCUUGGGUAUCUUUGUGCACCUCCUCUAGCACUUCUCUGAGAUUUUUCCCACUGAUGUUUCACCGUGGAGAUUUUGUAAUCUUCUUUUAUGUCUUUUACUUGCUGAUUAAUGUCUUCUGUUUGGCUGGCUUCUUCGAGGAAUAGGUCAAGAGUCUACCUAUUCUGUAUGCUUUUCUUGAUAAAGCCGUUAUCCUUCAUGGUUUGUAUCAGCUGUUCGAGGAUCCUAUUGUCAGUCUGGUCGCGGAAUUCACAAUCUUUCGCCUUCUUGCGUAGCCGCGCUGUGUAGUUUAUGAUACUUUCUCCGAGUUUUUGUCAUUGUUUCUUACAUGUGUAUCUCACAUGCUGUUUGUUUUUCUUUGGUAAGAAGUGGUUGAUGAGUUUCCGGGUUUAUUUCUUAUAGUCAUCGUCGUCUUCUUCAACAGGUGUGGUGUAUGGAAGGUUUCGGGCAAGUUUCUUGAUUUCUUGUCUGCUAUAGAUUUUGAGCGUACCUGCUUUGUCUUUCACGGCUUUGAUUUCAAAAUAUUCUGUUUCUUCUUCAAGUCUUCGAGCCAUUCCUGCCACGCUCAGCCAGUCUCUAAGGGGUUGUCUGGAAUGGUCCGUCUGGAAUCUUGAACAAGUUUAUUCUAAGUGAUUUUCCGAAAGUUGAGACUCGAAUUUCUGAUGGGUUGCUUGUGCUGCUUUCUAACAUGAGGUCGUCGAUGUCCGGUGAUCUUGAUAAUUUCUUCUUUCUUUUUCGCUUCUAAUUUCGCUAGUAUUCUCUCCAUUGGCUUUCUCUUAUCUUCUUCUUUUGUUUUUCUUUGAUCUUCUUUUUAUUUUUCUCUUCUUUCAGCAUGUAUUCGUCUUUCUCGUUUCUGGUCGCCAAUGUGAUAUCCACUACGAGUACUACAUACACACCGCCAUGAUGGCUGGAACUGUUUUUAAUGGUAAACAUCGCAUGAUAUUGGUACAGAAUGCGUGCGAAGUUACGCGGGAUACCACACCUUUUAGUAACAAAUGGUGCCCCUUUCAGUUACCCCAGUUCAAAACACUACAUCCCUGAAAGUGACAGAAAAGUUUGAACAAUUUAUUUUAUAACAAUGUCACAUCACUUACCAUGCACGCUUGCAACUAUAAUUUGUAAUUUACACAAUCAUGUUUAAAUUAUAUGACUGUGUUAUGUUCCUUUAUAAACCACAAGUCAAACUAUGUGUUAUUUUGUCCAUCAGUACCGGUUUUUUGGAGAACAAGUUGUGAAGGCAGCUGUUGAGAAUGGGUGCCAUCAUUUGGAUGUCAGUGGAGAGCCAGAGGUGAUCAGAUUUCAUGAAUUAGAUUCAUAAGUACAGAAACACCGAAAAAUCACAAAAUUAAACCCAUCCAUGUAUAAGCGCCUCCAAAUAUAAGCCCCCCCCCCCAGCCCAAACUCGUAACGCAAAAAUCCCUCCGUUAAAUCGCCCCUCCAGAUAUACUUGGAAAUUGCCAUCAAAUACAAAGCAAAACAAAGAGAAACGGUAAAUUUCCUUCCAAGAAUAAGGCUAGCCCAAUCGAUUUUGAAACGCAAAUUGCCCUCCAUACAUACGCCCCUCCAAAAAUAAGCGCCUCAAAAAGGGCCUUUUGAAAAAUGUAAGCCCCGAGGCUAUUUUUGGGAGUUUUAUGGUAUAUAUAUAUCUUCAAUUCGUUAUCGUUAGGAAUUUGGCUGGCAGAAUAUAACAUUCCUUGAAACAUUUCUGGGAUCUAAGCUGGAGUCAAAGAGACUCCCUGUUUGAGUUACGUACACUAAAUAAUGUGGCUGGCCCAGGGUUAACAGUACUUGUAACACUUGGAAAAAUGCAGUGCAAAGUAAGGUUUUCUCAAUUACUUUUUCGCAAAAGCUCACCUUGCGAGCACUUGUAGCACUGAUCAGUAAAGUCUAGCCAGCUAGUCUGGUGCUAAUCUUCAACUGACAAGAUCUUGCCAUGGAUAAUAACUCUGAAACUUUUUUUGAAAAGGACAUUACUGCUAAAUGCAUGACAUUUGACUCGGUAAUUUUAGUAUUUGGAAAGAAUGCAGUUCAAGUAUCAUGAUGAUGCCGUGAGUAAAGGAAUCCACGUUGUUGGCACUUGUGGAUUUGACAGUAUUCCUGUAGAUAUGGGUGUGGUCUUUGCACAGGAUAAGUUUCCAGGUAAAGUACAGUUUGUAUCAGUAUGUGAAUACAGUACAUGUUAGUCUAAUUGUACUGCUUAAUUAUGGAAACCAUAACUUUGCUUUUGAUAUCAAGGGACAUAUAAUGUUCAUUUUCAGUUGUAGUCCAAGCGCCAUUCUCUCUGAUAGUAAACUGAUUUUAAAACAAGUCAAGUGAAAAUGCAUUGUUAGACAUACAUUCUGAGAUUUCUUGCAGUCUGGGACUGGCUUCUAGAAGGAUAUUUUUUAUUUUCAAAAAGGGAAAUUAAUUAAACCAAGCUUAGACGAAAUAUGUCAUUGAAGUAAAACUUAUGUAUACACUGUAGAAUUGUACAUACUUUGUCAUAAUGGUGCACAACAUAUCAAAAUAUUUUUCAGACAAAUCUAGUUGUUGUAUUGUUACUUCUGAGAAUAUCUGUUCAAUGUUCUUUUUAUCUUCGAGGCUAAUCAUCAUGUCAAAUAUUUAUAAACAAUAAUAUAGCAUUGUUUACUUAUCCUUUCUUUAGUAGACUGCUCACCGCCCCCUCUCUUUCCGUAAGAUUGUCAAGAUCAAGCACGUUGCAUUAAGGGCGGCCAUCUUGGUAUCACAUGUUCCGAGACUACAUGGGGAUGAGUGUCAAAUCUACUUAGCGGAGUGGGGAUGGUUUGUGAGGAGGUGCCUGUUUUUGCUUCUCUGCCCCCAGCGCUAUAAACCCUGAUGCUCGCCCCCUUGGCAUACACUGUUCAUAGGAAACCAAGAUGGCCGCCCAUACUAGUAAACGCUCAAUCCUGACGAACUUACAAAAAAAUAUGGGACUGUGAACAGUCUAUUUCUUUACAGAAGCUGUCAGUGAGCUGUUGGUCGUCUUUCAGUAAAUUGUUGGUCAAGUGUUUACCAACAGUCGCCUAACAGAUUUUGGUGGGAACUGUUCUUCAACUUUACCAAAGUUUAUGUGAUUUUACUAAAAUUAUUUUUUAGGUGAACUUUGUCACAUAGAGAGCUUCUUGCAAGUACACAUGGGUCCGAAGGUAUUGUAAAUUCCCUGUGAAUUCCCAGUGAGGAAAGACUAUGCAGGAGAAGUCCAACAUAUUUCAGACGCACUGACCUAUUAGCACAUUGUAUACUCUCAUUGACCACAGAAAUGUUGUCAGUGUUUAAACCUCAAAUGGUGGAUUAACUGCAAAAACAUUGUCAGUGGUUAAUUGUAAAGUCCAUUUCCGUCACACAUGUCCAAUUGAAACCCGAACAGAGUCUUAUGGACUUCACGCGCAGACGGACCGAGUCAGAUCGCUACCGGAACCGGAAAUCGGUACAAGGCGCUUUUAGUGUAACCGGACGUUAGAUGUUAACAUGACCGAGAGGGUCGGAAAUUGUUGGCAAACAGACUCGAUAAAUCUGAUGCUAAGAAAGUGAAAAACGAAUUAAUUGCGCCACUAUCACGUCAUUUCCAUGGUCUAUGCUCUACAUCGAUCAAAGCUCACGACCAACCAGCAUGAGACAAAUCGCUCAGUUAUUGUUAAAAUGUAGUUUAUACAGCCUCAGAUGCCUAAUAGUCUCAUAUCUCUUCUCUUAAGGGUGGAGGAGGUCACUUUGGGACAUACCAGUCAGCCAUACAUGGCGUAGCAAGCGAAAGGGGAGGAAAUCUCAAAAAGCUUCGUGCUCAGUUGUUUUCAAAACCAAUGCCAAAAUUUGGACCAAAGCUUCCCAGACGGUUAGCCUUUUUAUUGUUCUCUUUGCUUGUAUACUUUAAUCUUUGUUUUGUUUUGAUUCUUUUCUUGCUUGAUCUUCUUUUCUUUUCUCUUCUUUUCUUCUUUUCUCUUGAGACCCAGGCCGGCAGAAACCUUAGCACGCGACUUUUUAAACGCAAACGAUCGACAAGAAAUGGUGACUUGAAAAAAUGCUGAACACCAUUUACAGACGAAACAUCAAAUCGACUGGGAUUCUGCGACAUGUACUACGCAUUCUACAGACUACUACCAACGACUUAUUUUAGAAAGCUGGUUUAGUAACUUAAAACAAACGCCGCUGAAUCGUAGUCAACAGUUAUUGACCCCUUACAAACGACUUAUUGACGAACUCAAGCAAAACCGAUGGCAAUGAACGAUAUCAUAGAAUGACUGGAAAACGGACAAUUAUGUAGUUAUUGAUACACAUGUGUUUUUUCUUUUUUAGGAGGUUUAUCUCCUACAGCCCAGAAGUUCAGAAAUGGUGCAUUCCUUUUAUGGGAGCUGACCCUUCAGUGGUACGCAGAACACAACGCCACAAUGUUGAAGUGAGAAAUAAAAAGCCAGUUCAGUACGGUGCAUAUACCGCCAUGUCUUCAGUGUUUGUAAUCCUGGUGAUGAUGUUCUUUGGCUUUUUCUUUUUGCUGCUCUGCCAGUUCAAGAAGGGAAGACAGCUGUUAGAAAAGGUACGUGUAUGAUAGGAAGAGACACAAUAGUGGUUUUCAUUUUUUUAAAAGGGGCUACAUAUACGUGGCGAGGAUAUUAUCGUUUAGGUCAAUUCUGGUACUAAGCGCUUUUACUUGUACACAAGUAAUAAAGAAUAUAUCAAACAAAUUUCACCAGGUAGCACUAACCAGUGAUGUUUUGGCCAUUCAUUUCAGGCAUAGCAUUAAAAAUUGAAAAAGUUGACCUAAUUUUUUUUCCAUUUUCAAUCCAAGUCCAUCUUUGCCAUUUAUAGCAACAAACAACAGGGAACAGUUUGAAUGUCAAACACUACUUUAGUCUUAAAUGGCAAAACUGGGCCAUUCCUUUUGGAAUUCAAUUGGUGCAAAGACAUUUCCUUUUCGCUUUUCAAAAAGAUAGCAAAUAUACUGACCUUGUUGUAACCCCUUUGCUGAAAGUUAAUGCUGACUUAUGACUUAUUUUCAAUUGAUUUCAACAGUACCCCAAGUUCUUUACAGCUGGUUUCUUUUCACAUGAAGGGCCAACUAGGGAACAGGUAAUCUUUAAUGUACUAUAUUAUUUUUGUUUUGCAGCAGUUUUGCAAUUAGCAAAGUGUAGCAUCAGAAUCGAUUUCUUCAGUCCUUUUCAUCACAUUGUGUUUGGUGUUAUGCAUUUCCUUUUUCAGAUGGCAGAGUCUUCAUUUUCUUUCAUCUUCCAUGGAGCUGGAUUCAGUGAAGCUGCUGUGCAAUCAGGGUAAUAUUGCCUUGUAUGCUUAGUCAUAAAAUUAUGAGACCAAAGUGACCUCCUGAGCUCAUUAUACACUCAAUGUCAGAUCCCGAGGGAAACAGUCGGUUUUGUUUUCCCGAGAGUCCUCAUGUUUUCCGAGACGAAGUCGAGGGAAACAUCAGGACUAGAGGGAAAACAAAACUAACUGGUUUCCCAAGGCACCUGACAUAAAGUGUUUUGUUAUAUUUCUAGACUUUCACUUCAACAGCAACUAAAGAAUAACCGCAGGGAAUUAAAGCAGUCGACUCGGUACUUAUAAGAACACAAAUUUAAUUCUUAAAACCACUGAAUGAAUGACUUACAGAGUACUUUCCUUAUAAUUAUCAUCUGCAUCGUUUUCCUCCACUAGCUGCUGUUUCUCUUCUAGGAUAACUUUGAAAAUCGUUGCGUUUAGCUCGAUGCUUCAUGUUUGUGUUGUUGUGUUCAUUUACGAAAGUGAAAACCGGCAGUGUUUUUCCCGCCUUCUGUCACGCCACUGAUCACGUGCUGUAAUGUAUCCCGAGCGGGAUACAAUUGCUCAAAUGUAUCACGAUCGGGAUACAUUUGAUUUUAGUCAAGGCCAUGUGACCAAGAAUCAACCAAUGGCAGUCCGUGUUUAGCUGAGUGAAAGUCUAGGAAUAUAGCAAUUUGUUUUAUAGAUCAACGCUCGUGUGGCUACUCUAGUACUAGCUACCAGCACGUAACAUCAGUCAGAAAGCCCCUCGUUGAACAGUUCUUAUGUGAUGUGAUUAGGAAGUUCACAACCAUACUGGCCUGUGCACAAUGACAGUGAAAAUGUUGAUUGUGACACAACUCUUUUCCUUUGAACAUUUUCGAACGACUAGAAUGUCGUAAGUUUCUGAGAUAUUACUGAAGUUUUGAGUUGGAAGAGAAGGCUUUGGAGUUCAUAGAGAAAGUCAAACCAGUUAUUAUCUCCUUAUUUUCAAGUUCUCAACAAAACCUUGAACAAACGCCGCUGAAUCGUAGUCAACAGUUACCGGCAACAUACAGAAGACUUAUUGACGGACUUAAGCAAAACUAACUAAGAGAGAAUGUCUGGACGACCGACAAUUUGACUAACAAUAAAUGACUGUUCAACUGUGAAAAUAGACGAAUCGAAAUGCACCAAUGACACGUCAGUCACUCUCAACAACACUCCUAUUCAGGACUACGUUCACCCGUACGAUCAUGCUCAUCCAAGUUAUGAAAACCUCUAACGUUUUGCGUUAUUUGUUGUUGCGUUAUUUGUUUUUAAUUUUUUUUUGACAGUUAACAGCAAAGAAAAUGCACUGAAGUCAUAUAUUUUGAAUGAACAAUAAUAAUAUUGCUGAAACUAACUUUAAUUAUCGGUAGUUUGUUUACUCAUGGAUUGAUUGAUUGAUUGACUUAGAUAUAUGUUUAUCAACUUUUAGAGAACUGCCAGCCAAACCUGACGGUCAAAUUGUGACGAAAGUUACAGGACCCGGUGAGUUAAAAAUCCUGAUUGAGCACUGUGUGUGCUUUGCUGGGUUACAAGUCUGCUUUCCGGGCGUUUGAUUUCAAGCUUCCUCAGUCUCCGUGUACCAGUUCAAAUUUUCAAAAUAAAACGUUGUCCCAUUCCGAGUAUGGUUUAAUUACUCUGAUGAAAUAGGAUUUGUGAAACAUUGAACAAAAAAAACAUUCAGUAAUCAAUGGGAACUCGGUCCGCAAUAGUUGCCCCAACAUGCCUCUAUUUCAAGGCGAGGCUAAGUGCGAAGCUAUUCGCCACUUUACAAACGAGAAGGAAACUGGGCCGAGUUAAAUUUCGCAAAGACUUCGGGGACUGUUACUGGGGACAGGGUAAACAACAAAUCGACCCAGUUUUCUUCUCGUUUUUCACCACUUUAUAGAAACGAGAAUGGAACUGAGCCGAGUUUACUUUCCCAAGACUUCAGGGACUGUUACUAGGGACCGUUAAAAAAUUGAAACUCGGAAAUGACCCAUUGGAUUCUCUGAGUUCUGUUUCCGACUUUAUUCUUGGUGUGUCAUCAAAAAUCAAACUAAGAAAUUAUCGAUUUUUCUGAGUUUCUACUUUCACGAGUUAUUACAGCACCUAAACACCUUUAUAUAAACAAAGUUUUGGUUCGAAAGGGUUCUUCGUGUUGCGAAAGAGGAGGUUUGAAUUUCCAGGCUUUUGCGAGACGCGGCUUGUAGACUUCCAGGAAAGCUCUUAAAGAUUUUGCUAUCUAAACAUUCCUUGUUUCAGAAUAAAUAUUACUUUAAUAUUUAUGAGUUCCCUAAGCGAAGAAUUCACCCAUGAGUAGAAAAACUUGAAAACUGUUGGUUUCCGGCGGCCAUAUUCAGGGACACCAAAAUGGCGUUUCCAUACAAGCUUUAUAAAUUUCGGUAAAACGUUUUUACGAAUAUCUCGCAUUUGAAAUAUUGCAAAGACCUAAUUCUUGGACAGGCUUUUUGUACAUUUGUCUUCUUUGAUUUCCCUGAUUCUAGACUCUCUGUGUUGAACGGUUUGCAUCUUUAUUUUUCAUGGCGUGACAGCGCUAACCGAAAAAAAUGCUAGUCUGUGUCUAAAUGUAGCAAAAUCGCCACCACUUAAAGACUCCUUCGUUACCGGAAACUGCUGCUUAUGUCUCCCCCCCCCCCCACCCCCCCCCCCACCACAAACAAAAACAAACACACACACCUAUCAAACUCAAUCCCAACCGACUACACCUCAACCCAUACGAGCGUACCCCUCAACCCUGAAAACACUACGUUCAACAGAAUUUUUUGUUUUUAAAUGGUAAAAAACCCCCACCCCCGUAAGCCCCCUUCUUUCGCAGAAAAUGCCUCUUUUUCCUCCCCCCCCCCCCUCCCACCCUCCCCUCAACAAAAACAAAAAACACAUUCAGGUUUACGAUCAAAACCCCCCCCCCCCCCUUCCUUCACAGAUAUAUUCUCCCCCUUAACUUGUAUUGAUAUGAAUUCCAAAUUAUCAUGAGGUUUUGAAGCUUAAUUAAAAGCUAUUAAUUCAAAAUACAAACGUAUUUUUAAUCAGCACUGUUCCAGCUUGUUUCGCUUUUUCUAUUCCGGUUAUAAUCGCACUCGGAUGUGAGUCCCUCCGUUUAUAAGCCCUUCUAAAACCCCUCACAAAGAUGUAUAAGCCCAGGGCUUAUAAGAGGCAAUUUACAGUAUGUUAUCUGAGCAUUAGUCAUAAAGUUUACCAUGUAUGCUGAUCAAAAUCACAUCAGUAAUUGUAUUAUUAUUAUUAUUAUUAUUAUUAUUAUUAUUAUUAUUAUUAUUAUUAUUAUUAUUAUUAUUAUUAUUAUCAUCACAUUAUUAUUUCAUUUUUCAUUUGUGUUUCGGCAUAGGCAAAUCCCCUUUAAUAUUUGUUAAAGUAAUAUCGGCAUCUAGUUUUAUUCAUGUUUUCACUUAUCCCUUUUUUUUCUCCCCUUAGAGGCUGGGUAUAUAGCCACACCCAUCUGCAUCGUGCAGGCUGCCAUGGUGAUCCUCGAAGAAACCUUACCAAACAGGUAAUACUUUUGGUACCGGAAAUUUUCCUGGUCAAAUCUUCGUAAGACGUUUCUACGUAAGUUACACUGCAAAAUGUCUCAUCUGUACUUUAUUUGUUUUUCUUGAUAUCUCAUCCGCUGCCAUAACGUCAUGCCUUUGUUAGGCAGACUUUAUAAUUGACGACUUUAAAGUGUAAAAAAUGCCUCUGUAACUCUGUUUAAUAAUAGCCCAAAAGAAACAAAUUCCAUUCCUCCCUUUUCCGAUGCAAAGUUAAUAGAAGAGUUUAACUUGCUCUAAACAAGCAGCUGUUAAUUCUAACGGGAGAAAGUUACCUACGCAACUGAGAAAGUUGCGAAAAAGAAAAACAUUUGAUGACGGGUUUGCUUCAUUGCUUUUGUUGUUGGUAGUGGUGUUGGCGUUAAUUAUAACUUUCUUUUGUACGCUCAAAAAGUGAUUGUUCGGCUAACUAUUCCAGCUGAUCACAAGACGAUUUUUUAACCUUGAUAACACAAUUCUUUUUGUUUUACCUUAGUGGUGGAGUUUUGACCCCAGCUGCAGCUUUUGCUGGCACCUCACUGAUUGACCGCCUGGAUGAACACGGAGUCAAGUUUUCCGUGGUGCGUUGUGAAAUUGACAGUUCAGAGUAAGCCCAGACCUAACCAGGAGGGUGGUAAAGUUAAAAAAAAAGAGGCGGGCUUAUAAUGUUUCAAUGGUACAGUCAUACAAAAGAUUGAAAAGACGCUUAACAUGAUCACAUAACACAAUAGUUAACCAAAGUAGUUUCCAUGAAGUUUACACAUCGCUAAAACACCUAGAUAAGAUAAUAACUGCAGCAAGUGCUCGUUUGAUGGGCCUAGAGUAGCGCUGAUUCAGUGAUUCUUGAUUAAAGGAGCUGUGUAACGAAAUUUAUCAAAAUUCUAACAAUAGGAGCCGCCACCAAUGUGAAUGAACCAUAAAAAUGACCGAUCAAAACGAUCAAAUGACCGAUCAGGAACGGGUGGACAAUCUUGAAGGAGAUUGAACCGGAUUUAGUGCAAUUGUAGUUUUUGAAAACUUGUUAACCUGACGGUUUUUCAGAGUUCUUUUUGUGUUGUUCGUAACGUUUGAUAUAUAUGCUUGUGGGACGUAUAUAUGCUUAGGAAACGUAAUUGUUUGACACGAAGCUGUGACUUGUCAUUCACAAGUUAUUUCUAAAAGUUCUAUAACGAAGUGUAAUUGGCAAAAUAAAGUGUAGCAAAAAGCUAACACUAAGUAUAGUAAAAAGAGGCCGCCGGCUGCCUGUGAAGUUAUAAAUUUCUGGUACCAAAGACCAAACAAACUAUCAAGUCAGAAAAUCAUAACAAAAAUAUUUAAUGAUUUUUGGACAGUAAAUGUUAUCUACGUAACAGUAACCUACGUUCCAACUCUAACAUGACUCCGAGGCUUUCUGGUCUAUAUUUGGCUUGGUUUUCUUUGUGCUCAAGUCUCGUCUGCAUGGGAAUUGAGCGACAAUGGAGUCGUGUAAAAUUUGCAAUUUUGUCCCUAAAACCUCGGGUCGUGUUAGAAUUCUAAUAUAUGGAACAUGGGCUAUUAUAUUCUCAAAAAUCGAAAUAGACUAAAAAAGAAAAAACACUAUUACAAAAUAAUACUUUUUUAAAAAACAGUGUUGGUGUAUUUGUCCCAGAUAAUACUCAUGCAAAUCGUGAUUUGUUUAUUAAUCUAUUCAAAUCUGUUUAUCAAGG